AUGGGCGGCAGUGGAUCGAAAGGAAAGAAGCUCCCAAAAGAUGAUUUGGAUUUUUUGAUACAAAAUACGAAUUUUACAGCUGCACAAAUUGAAGAAUGGUACAAAGGCUUUAUAAAAGACUGUCCAAAAGGUCACUUAACAAAAGAACAGUUUGUUAAAGUUUAUAAAGAAUUCUUCCCAUCCGGAAGUGCUGAAGGUUUCUGCGAGCACGUGUUCCGAACGUUCGACACUGACAGAAGUGGUUUCAUCGAUUUUAAAGAAUUCCUCUUAACAAUCAAUGUCACAAGUUCCGGCUCAGCUAAAGAAAAGCUACAAUGGGCUUUCAAAAUGUACGACAUAAAUAACGAUGGCACUAUCGACGAAUUUGAGAUGAUCAAAAUUAUUGAG